CUCUAUUUGAGAAAACACAGUCACCCGACCAAAAUGACCAAAACCCCAAUUUUUCACCACUAAACAGCAGAGCUUUCCAUCCUAUAAUCACCGACCAACUGAGGCUAAUCAAGUCAUUUCGUAUCCAACUAACCCAAAAUACCAAAACACAAUAACCUGAACAGUCCAACAAAAUAAAAACCCAAAAUAAAAAAGUCAAUUUUUUUGUUAAAAUUAAAAAAGAAAAAAAGAAAAAUUGUUUCUCUGCAUGCAAAUUGCAAAGUCUCUGCCUUUCAACAGGCCUAAGUGACACACAAACACACUCUCUUGUUUAGAACGGAACAAAAUUGGUGUGUACGUUCAAUAUUCCCUCUUUAAAAAUUUGAUUCUUUUUUCUUUUAGCUCUAGAAUACCCAUUUUCUUAUUUGCAUUUCGGAGUCUUAAUUUUAGGGUUUUUGUUUUGUUUUUUUUUUAUUUGGCUUCUUGGGUUAGAACUGCCUGAGAAUCAUCGGGUCAAUGCACUGAGAAAUUCCGGAAAGUUUUUCAGGUGGGCUUGGUUUUGUUUUCUUAGCUCGCAUUUGUGGGUUUUAAUGUCUGGUAGCUGAGAAAGUAAGAAAGUAGAGAGAAAUGUAACAUUAGAUUCUGGGUUUUGGUUUUGUUUUGUUCUCUUAUUUGCAUUUCUUUAAAAGUUCGAGAAAGUUGGGGAAAUGUAAAUGGAGAGAACAAAAAUGUAACUUUUGAGCUAAGUGAAUUUUAAAAAAGAAGGGUGUCAUUAUUUUCUCAUAAGCCAAAUUGAAUAAAAUAGCAUUAGACGUUUCCCCUGUUUUUAUCUUUUGGUAAUCUGGUUUAUAUACUGUUAAUUGUUGUUUGUUUGUAUAUCUGCAUGUUUGUUUUAUUCCAACGAGUUGAAACCUUGAUCAAAGUUGUGAUUUUGAGUAUCUGCUAUCUCUUAGUUUGUAUUUUCUUUUGGUUCAAACUCUCGGGUGCUUAAUAAAAGUUUGUUAUUGAUCUAUUCAUAUUCUGUUUUAUACUGUGUGUCAUUUCUAGUACUAUUUUGUUAUGUUUUUGUGAAAUCUUUAAUCCUUUAUGGUUAGCACAACUGUCAGUUGCUAGAAGAGAAAUGGAGGACAAGGAAAAUACUCAAUCGAGUUUUUUAGAGGGGGAGGUAGUUGGAAUCAAAUUUGGUUUGGCAACUUAUAAAGAAAUUUCUGCAGCAUCUGUUAGUGACUGCCCUAUAAGCCAUUCCAGUCAGCUUACAAAUCCUUUUCUUGGUUUGCCUCUUGAAUUUGGCAAAUGCGAGUCUUGUGGCACUUCUGAACCUGGAAAGUGUGAAGGUCAUUUUGGAUAUAUAGAACUGCCAAUACCGAUCUAUCAUCCGAGCCAUGUCAGCGAAUUGAAGCGUAUGUUAAGCUUGUUAUGUUUAAAGUGCUUGAAACUGAAAACCAACAAGUUUCAGAUCAAGAGCAGUGGUGUGGCGGAACGAUUGUUUUCUUGUUGUGAGGAGGCUGCACAAAUUUCUAUCAAGGAGGUUAAAACAACAGAUGGUGCCUAUAUCUUGCAAUUAAAGUUACCAUCCAGAAUGAGACUAAGAGAUGGCUUUUGGAAUUUUUUAGAAAGAUAUGGUUUUCGCUAUGGUGAUGACAUAACUCGGACGUUACUUCCAUGUGAGGUACUGGAAAUGCUAAGGAGAAUCCCACAGGACACCAGAAAAAAGCUUGCAAAAAAAGGGUAUUUUCCCCAAGAUGGUUAUAUUAUGCGAUAUGUACCGGUUCCCCCAAACUGUUUGUCAGUGCCGGACAUUUCAGAUGGUGUCAGUGUCAUGUCCUCGGAUUUAUCUAUAUCUAUGCUUAAGAAAGUUCUUAAGCAAGUCGAGAUAAUUAAGAGCUCACGCUCAGGUGAACCAAAUUUUGAGUCUCAUGAAGUUGAAGCCGUUGAUUUGCAGUCAGCAGUGGAUCAAUACCUUCAAGUUAGGGGCACUGCAAAAUCUGCUCGUGAUGUAGGAGAACGAUUUGGAGUUCACAAGGAGUCUAAUGAUUCGUCAACUAAAGCAUGGCUUGAGAAGAUGAGAACCUUGUUCAUAAGAAAGGGCUCUGGAUUCUCUUCGCGGAGUGUGAUUACAGGUGAUGCAUACAAGUGUGUGAACGAAAUUGGUAUUCCGAGUGAGAUUGCUCAACGAAUCACAUUUGAAGAGAGGGUCAAUGCACACAAUAUGCAAUAUCUACAAGAGCUUGUGGACAACAAGUUAUGCUUGACAUAUAGGGAUGGGUCUUCCACUUAUUCACUAAGGGAAGGUUCUAAGGGACACACUUUUCUUCGGCUUGGUCAAAUUGUCCACCGGAGGAUAAUGGAUGGAGAUAUGGUCUUCAUUAAUAGACCACCAACAACACAUAAGCAUUCUCUGCAAGCACUUUCAGUCUAUGUGCAUGAUGGUCAUACAGUGAAAAUCAAUCCUCUAAUAUGUGGGCCCUUGAGUGCUGAUUUUGAUGGUGAUUGCAUUCAUCUAUUCUAUCCCCAAUCUCUUGCUGCAAAAGCAGAAGUCUUGGAGCUGUUUUCAGUUGAGAAACAGUUGCUUAGCUCUCACAGUGGAAAUUUGAAUUUGCAGCUGACUUCUGAUUCUCUUUUGUCAUUAAAGACCAUGUUCAAUACAUACUUCUUGGACAGAGCAGCUGCUCAGCAAUUAGCUAUGUUUGUAUCUUCUUCUUCUUUGCCGCAGCCUGCUUUAUGGAAAGCUCACUGUUCAGUGCCGAUUUGGACUGCUCUUCAGAUAUUGCAGACUGCUUUACCUUCUCAGUUUGACUGCUCAGGAGAAAGAUACUUGAUCAGUAAUACUGAUAUAGUAAAGGUGGAUUUCAGUAGGGACGUAGUGCAGGCUGUUAUCAAUGACAUUGUGAUCUCUAUGUUUUUUGAGAAAGGUCCUGAUGCAGUUUUCAAGUUCUUCAAUUCAUUGCAGCCUUUGUUGAUGGAAAGUCUGUUUUCUGAAGGUUUUAGUGUGGGUUUGGAGGACUUCUACAUAUCUAGGGCUGCCAUAGGGGGUACUCGGAGAGAUUUCAAGGUCAUUUCUUCUUUGCUAAGUCAGUUAAGAUCAACUUACAAUGAACUGAUGGCAUUGCAAUUAGAAAACCACAUCCGUCGUGCUAAACUACCUGUUGCAGAUUUUAUUGUGAGGUUAUCUUCAAUAGGUGAUUUAAUUGACUACAAGAGUGAUUCAGCCAUGACUAAGGUGGUUCAACAAAUUGGCUUCUUGGGCCUUCAAAUAUCAGAUAGAGGAAAGUUCUACACUAAGACUCUGGUCGAAGACAUGGCUUUGCAUUUUGAGAGCAAAUAUCCUUCUGAUAUAGAUUAUCCAUCUGCAAAACAUGGAUUAAUUCAGAGUUGUUUUUUUCAUGGGUUAGAUCCAUAUGAAGAAAUGGUUCAUUCAAUAUCUGCGAGAGAGGUUAUGGUUCGGUCUACUAGAGGAUUAUCUGAACCUGGGACCUUAUUCAAGAACUUAAUGGCCAUCCUUCGAGAUGUGGUUAUUUGUUACGAUGGGACUGUGAGAAAUGUAUGCAGCAAUUCAAUCAUCCAAUUUGAGUAUGGAAUGAAGGCAGGAAUUAAGGCACAGAGUUUAUUCCCUGCGGGUGAACCUGUUGGCGUGUUAGCUGCAACUGCCAUGUCCAAUCCUGCAUAUAAGGCAGUUCUUGAUUCCACUCCAAGUAGCAAUUCCUCAUGGGAGCUGAUGAAGGAAAUACUUCAGUGCAGAGUUAACUUUAAGAAUGAUAUUACUGAUCGUUGUGUCAUUUUGUACUUCAACUACUGUGGUUGUGGGAAAUUUUACUGCCAGGAACGAUUAGCCUAUUCAGUGAAGAAUCAUUUGGAGAAAGUUAUUCUUAAAGACAUUGCGUUGUGUUUUAUGUGCGAAUACAAGAGUCAGCCAACAAUAGCAGACGCCGGCCUUGUUGGUCAUGUUCAUCUUAAAAAGACGAAGUUGCAGGAGUUGAAUGUUAGUAUGGAGGUUAUUCAUCGUAAGUGCAGUGAGACUAUCAGUUCAUUUGGAAAGAAGAAAAAAAUGGGAAAUCUUUUCAAAAAGAUAGAGGUAUCUUUCAGCGAAUGUUGUUCCUUCCAGUGUGCUGAUGACAGAUCUGGCAUGCCGUGCUUGAUGUUCUUUUGGCAAGAUAUUACAGAUAUUCAUUUGGAGAGAAGCACACAUAUCUUUGCUGAUGUGAUUUGCCCAGUUCUAUUGGACACAAUCAUCAAAGGUGACCAUCGAGUUUCCUCUGCAAACAUUGUUUGGAUUAGUCCAGAUACAACAACUUGGAUAAGAAAUCCUUCUAGGACUCAGAAGGGGGAACUAGCUCUAGAUGUUGUCAUUGGCAAAUCGGCUGUGAAACAAAGUGGUGAUGCAUGGAGAGUUGUCCUAGAUUCCUGUAUUCCUGUUCUUCAUAUGAUUGAUACCACGCGGUCUAUACCAUAUGCGAUUAAACAAGUUCAGGAGUUGUUGGGAGUUUCUUGUGCAUUUGAUCAAGCAGUCCAGCGCCUCUCAAGCUCAGUGACAAAAGUGGCGAAAGGUGUGCUAAAGGAGCAUCUCAUUCUCCUGGCAAAUAGCAUGACAUGUACUGGAAACUUAGUUGGCUUUACAUCUGGUGGUUACAAAUCAUUAACCCACUCAUUGGAUGUCCAAGUACCAUUUACUGAGGCAACACUAUUUACACCAAGGAAAUGUUUUGAGAGAGCUGCAGAGAAGUGUCAUAUCGAUACUUUAUCUAGUGUAGUUGCGUCUUGUUCUUGGGGAAAACAUGUGGCAGUUGGUACGGGAUCACACUUUGAUGUGCUGUGGGACCAGAAGGAGGCCUGUUUAAAUCAAGAGGGAACCAUAAAUGUCUAUGAAUUUCUUAAUAUGGUGAGAAGUUCUAAAUAUGGGGAAGAAUCAGCUUCUGCCUGUUUAGGUGCAGAAGUUGAUGACCUUAUGCUGGAUGAUGGAGUUGAUGACUGGAACCUGUCCCCAGAACAAACUGAUAAGCCCGUAUUUGAAGAUAGAGAUGAGUUUAAGAAUUUCUUGGACAAUGAAUCUGCUGAGGUUAAUUGGGAAAAGGUUUCACAUAUUGAGAAUGGGGUCAGUGGCAAUGGAAAUUGGGGCCUUGAUAAGGAUGUGGGAACUGCAGAAGAAGAAUCUUGGUCUAGCUGGGGAAGGAGCACAGCUAAGACACAAAAUUCUCUCUCCACAAAAACACAAGAACCUGAUAGGUCCGGUGUUUGGGAUACUGCUAAAGAACACGUUGAAGUGGCAGGUUCACAAGGUUGGGGGAAACCCAGGAUAGCUGAAGUUUCACAUGGCUGGGGCUCUUCUGAAGAACACAUUGAAGCAGCAAGUUCACACGGUUGGGGGCUGUCAAAUGUGGGAGGCCGCGGUGAAACUGAAAAAGAACAGCCGUGGGGUCAACCCAAAUCACCACAAGUUUCACAUGGCUGGGGCUCUGCCAAAGAUUCUGUGAACUGGGGCUCGUCUAAAGAACAUGUUGAAGCACCAAGUUCACAAGGUUGGGGCCUGUCAAAUGCAGGAGGCAGCAGUGAAAAUGAAAAAGAACAGCAGUGGGAUAAACCUAAAUCACCCCAAGUUUCACAUAGCUGGGGCUCCUCCAAAGAUUCUGUGAACUGGAGCUCGUGUAAAGAACAUAUUGAAGCUGCAGGUUCACAAGGUUGGGGGCUGUCAAAUGCGGGAGGCAGCAGUGAAAAUGAAAAAGAACAGCAACGGGGUAAACCUAAAUCACCCCAAGUUUCACAAAGCUGGGGCUCCGUCAAAGAUUCUAUGAACUGGGGCUCAUCCAAAGAAUAUGUUGUAGCACCCAGUUCACAAGGUUGGGGGUUGUCAAAUGCAGAAGGCAGCAGUGAAAAUGAAAAAGAACAGCAGUGGGGUAAACCUAAAUCACCGCAAGUUUCACACAGCUGGGCUUCUGCCAAAGAUUCUGUGAACUGGAGCUCAUCUAAAGAACAUGUUGAAGCUGCAGGUUCACAAGGUUGGGGGCCGUCAAAUGCCGGAGGCAGCAGUGAAAAUGAAAACCAACUGCAGUGGGGUAGUGCUAAAUCACCCCAAGAUUCACAUGGCUGGGAAUUCGCCAAAGAGUCUGUUAAAGCAGCGAGUUCCAAAGAUUGGAGCCUGCCAAAUGCAAGAGGCAGCGACGAAAGAGAAACAGAACAGCAGUGGGGUAGACCCAAAUCACCUCAAGUUUCACAUGGCUGGGGCUCUCCCAAGGAGUCCGUUAAAGCUGCGAGUUCCCAAGGUUGGGGCUUGCCAAAUGCAGGAGGCAGUGAUGAAUGUGAAAGUCAACAGCAGUGGGGCAGACCCAAAUCACCCCAAGUAUCACAUGGCUGGGGCUCUCCCAAAGAGUCUACUGAAGCAGCAAGUUCCCAGGGUUGGGGCCUGCCAAAUCCAGGAGGCAGUGAUUUAAAUGGAAGACAACGGCAAUGGGGGAAACCAAGUGGAGAGCUUAAGAAAAGCUCGAGAGGUUGGGGUUCAAAUAAUGCAGAUUGGAAAGGCAAGAGCCGCCCUGCUAAGCUGCAAGGAAAUACCCAUGAUGAUUCUAGUGCCAGUCUGAUGUAUACUGUAACCAGGCAGAGAUUAGACAUGUUUACUUCUCAAGAGCAGGAUAUUCUUUCUGACGUUGAGCCAUUAAUGCGAUCCAUCAGAAGAAUAAUGCAUCAAUCUGGGUACAAUGAUGGGGAUUCACUGUCUGCUGCUGACCAGUCAUAUGUGCUUGAUAAUGUCUUAAACUAUCAUCCAGAUAAAGCAGCAAAGAUGGGUGCUGGCAUUGAUCACGUCAUAAUUAGCAAGCAUAGUACUUUCCAGGAAAGCAGGUGCUUCUAUGUAGUUUCAACUGACGGUUGCAAACAGGAUUUUUCCUACCGGAAAUGUUUGGAGAAUUUCAUAAAAGGGAAGUAUCCUGACAUGGCGGAGGAAUUCAUCGGCAAGUAUUUCAAACCUCGUCAAAGAGGCAACCAACCGCAAACCCCAGUUGCGACUCCAGUUGCAACCCCAGUUGCAGAGGCAACCGAGGUUGAUAGUGAGGCAUAAACUUCUUCAAAGAGUUCAUUUUUUUUUUCCCCAGAUACAAACAUUAAUGCCAUCUGCUUUUUUGAUUUGUAUAUAUGAAGCAGAUGUUUUUCUGUUCAUAUCCCAAGCGAGUUACACUUUUGGUUACUGUAUAUGAACUGCCCCCAUUUUUUCCACACAGGCGCAGUUCUUAAUGUUCUUGUUAGUUAGCUUAGAUAGUGAUGUAACAGUAGGCCUGUUCAUUGAUGUUGCAUGUCAAUAGCAAUAUAGUAAAUGUUCAGUUCCAAA